ACAUGGACGACGUAGAGGACACCGAGGAGCCAGCUGACCAGACCAAGCCAGAAAAUGACACUAUCUUGGAGGUCGGGGCUGAGCUCUUCCCCGUCAACAGGUGGGACUUGGCCCGCCACAGCCGGUACUUUGAGGCCAUGUUCUAUGGGGGCACCCGAGAGCGCACCGAAAAGCACAUCCUGAUCCGGGGGGUUGAGACGGAGCCGUUCCGGGCCCUUCUGGACUUUGCCCAGACGGGCACUAUCACUGUCACCCGCCACAACGUUGCCAGCCUUGUGGAGACGGCCGACUUCCUCCAGUUUGAGAGCGUGAAGAGACGCUGCGAGACGUUUCUGGAAAGGGAGCUCCAUGUCUCCAACUGCCUCAGCUUGAUGGCCUACGCUAGGCAGUUCGCUUGUGCUGACCUCUACGCCGCCGCCCUCGCCGUCACGCUCAGCCACUGGACAGAGGUGGCCGCUCAAGAGGAAUUUGAGGACCUCCCCAAGGCCUUGCUGGUGGAGCUGCUGCAAAGCGAUAACCUCUUUGUGGCCCGGGAGGACGUGGUCUUCGACACAGUGAUGCGUUGGGUGGCGGCGGAACCAGCGGACAGGGAGCAGGACUUCCUGGAGCUUGCGGGCCUGGUCAGGGUCCCUUUCCUGAGCCUCUCCUUCUUGGACCUCCUGGUGAAGCGCAGCAAGCGGGCCGGGCAGGACUUUACAGCCAAGCUGGUGAAGAAGCUCGACAGUUGCCCACCCCCCAGUUGGAAGGACGUGGCCCGGUUGCCCUGUGCUAGCCGGAGCUACGAGGCCCUCUACGUCCUGGCCGGGAAACACGACAAAGAGCAGCAGGAGCUUUUCCAGUUUCACCCCAAGAGCGGCACCUGGCAGGCCUGUGCACCACUCCAGCGCAAGAACCUCACCCAGUAUGCCCUGGCUGCAGUAGGAAAUUUCCUCUUUGUGACAGGGGGUUACUUCCGAGAGGAGUUUGUAUGGUAUACCGUGGACUGGGUGCUGAUCUAUAACAGCUGGGACAACAGCUGGCUGGAGGGACCGGCCAUGAAGAAAGCCCGAAACAGCCACUGCGCCGUGGGAGUCGGCUUCCACCUUUAUGUCAUGGGAGGCAGCACCGAAGAAGGCAUCAUCCCAGACGUCGAGCGCUUGGCCCCGAUGGACUCCAGCUGGGAGAGCAUGAGCCAGCUGGUGCAUCCUGUGGAACGCGCAGGGGCCGUCAGCGUGGGGACCCGCAUUUACGUAAUCUGCGGACUGGAUGAGAAUGGAGACGUCUGCAGCGCCGUGCAGAGGCUGGAUGUGGAGACCGACGUUUGGGAGGUCAUCUCUUUCUCUCCACUUCCAAGGUACGACCUGUGUGUCACGGCCAUGAAUGGGGCCAUCUACACUAUUGGAGGGGGCGCCUUUCGCUUUGAUAUGGACACUGGUGAGUGGACCCCAGUGGACGAAGAAUGCUUGGCCCAGAAGUUCUUUAAAGGAUGCAGUACAGUGAAUGGACGGAUUUACCUCCUAGGGCAAAGGCAAGGGAACUCUGACAUAUCAAACAUGGUUCUCUUGGACCCUUAUCUGGACAUGUGUCAGGAGGUGGAUAAUAAGCUCCCUUGCCCUCUCCCCAUUCACGGAACAGCCUCCAUACGGAGAUUUGACACAUGGGCAUAAAAGCACAAUAAAAGCACAUGC